CCUAACUGUCUUCCUUCAUCCUUCUUACAUCUCCCUCUUUAUCUCUGACCAUUCACAUUCACACUCUAUAAGAACUCUAUUAUAUAUACUUGCAAAAAACCUCUGGCCGUGGUUGCACAAGUCUGCAACUUCUGAUGGCCAAUCGCUUGGGGAUGAACGGGGCAGAUCACCGGAUUGAAACUAGAGAUCAGAAUGAAUCUGGCUCAUCUUCUGAGAAGACUAUUGGGCCAAAGUCAUAUUCAUACGGUGAAUUAGCAAAGGCAACUGAUCAUUUCUCGCACAAUAAUCUAAUUGGUAAAGGUGGUUUUGGUCAUGUUUUUAAGGCAUCUUUAGAUGGUGAGAUCCGUGCUAUCAAGAAACUUGAUUUUUCGGAUGUACAAUCCGAAGGAGGUUUGGAGAAGGAGAUUAUGAUCGUCCAAAGCCUCAGUCACAAAAACCUCGUUGAACUGGUUGGUUACUGCAUUUAUGGAGCCAAUAGAUUGCUCAUCUUAAAGUAUUUUCCAAAUGGGUCCUUGAGAUCUAAAUUACAUGGAAGUGAUAAUGUUUUGGACUGGGAAAUAAGAAUGAAGAUCGCUAUAGGUUCUGCAAGAGGAUUAGAAUAUUUACAUGAAAAUUAUAAAUCUAAAAUUGUUCAUUUAGAUAUUAAACCAGAUAAUAUUCUUCUUGAGGAAGAUUUUGAACCUAAGAUAACAGAUUUUGGACUUGCUCAAUUUUUUACCGACGGUGCUACUCAUAUAUCCAAAUCAUCAGUUAUGGGAACCCAUGUUUACGAAGAUCCACUGACAACAAAACUUGGAAAGUAUUCUGAUAAAUCCGAUAUUUAUUCUUUUGGAGUUACACUUUUAGAACUGAUUACUGUAAGAAUGCCUAUAGACAAUGGUAUUGACAUUGUUACUUGGGCAAAUCCUCUAAUUAAAAAGGCUUUGGAUGGAAGAUAUACAAAUUUUAUAGAUUCCAAUUUACAAUCCUUUCACCACGAACAAAUGUAUCGAAUGGUUUCUUGUGUUAAUUCUUGUCUAAAUCAACCUCCAAGCUCUCGGCCAACAAUGAAAAAGAUACGUCUAGUUCUUGAAGGAAUAUCACUCCCGGAAGAAUUAUACGAUCAUAAAUUGCGAAAGAGCAUCAUACAUAAAGGUUCAGACCCGAGGAACCGAGGAUCCCAGCAGUGAGUCAGCUGCUACAGAGUGUUGUUAGAGUCUUCAGAGCAACCAGAGGUGAGUAGAAUAAACUCUUAAGUUUUAAAAUUAAUGAAAUAUUAAUUUUGAGCAUGUUCAUGCAUCACGAUUGCCAUGAGAUAUUUUAGGAUGUUGCAUUAGAAUUCACGAAUAUGUUGCACUGCAUAUUAUGUUGAUGUUGUGGGUAAAUACUGAAUGAUCCACUAGUCCUUGAUAUGGAAGUCCAGGGAGCCUUUGACUACGCCCUUGGCACUAGAUAAUGGAAGACCAGGGAGCCUUUGACUACGCCCUUGGCACUAUGGAACGCCAAGACCAAGUGCCU